UCUACCAAGUCCCGCCUCACGCUAGAUUCCAGUCUCCGCUCAUAUUAUUUGUUCAGGAGUUGGCAGCGGAAGUAGUAAUAGUGGGAGCGAAAAAGAUUGAAAUUCUCAGCCAAGAAAUGGAGUUUAAUGAGAAGGCGUUGAUAAAACAGCUAGGCAAGUAUAAGUUUCGGGACCUAACUGUAGAGGAGCUGAAGAAUGUGCAUAAAAAAUUUCCUGAACUUAAAUCAUCAAUGGACGUAUACACUUUCAGCGAUGGCUCCCAGAAAGAUCUGCUGAACUUAAUUGGCACCAUUCCUGUUAGGUAUCAAGGAUCAUCCUAUAAUAUUCCUAUUCGAAUAUGGAUUCUUGACUCUCAUCCUUUUGGCCCUCCUUUGUGCUUCCUGCAACCAACCUCAAACAUGGUUAUUCGUGAGGGCAAACAUGUAGAUUUGCAAGGGCGCAUUUAUUUACCAUACCUGCAACACUGGAGUCAUCCAAAAACAGAUGUAGUUGGUUUAUUACAUGAAAUGAUCACAAAGUUCGAGGAAGUGCCACCUUUAUAUGCGAAGCCUUCUAUUGAUGGCAUAUCCCUGGCAGAGCUCAAUACCUACUUGGCUGAUAUUUCUUCAGGUCUGUCUGACAUCAGUCGUCGAUCAAAGUUGGAAGCUGGUGAGCAACGCUUUGGCAAAGUUACUGUGCUUGGUGAUGGCGACUUGGGAAUGGCAUGUGCCAUGAGCAUUUUAGCAAAGGAAGUUGCAGAAAAAUUGGCAGUCGUUUCAACCUCAGAAAAUGCUAUAAAGGGAGGAUCACUGGACAUGGAGGUUUUCGGUCUGCCUAGAGUUGAAAUCAGCAAUGAUUUUUCAAUUUCAGCAGGUUCUAAUGUAGUAAUUAUUACAGCGAAUACCUGGAGUGGUGAGGAGUCCUAUCUGAAAGCGUUACAAAGCAACGUGGAUCUGUUCAGGAAGAUCAUCCCCAAUGCAGUGCGAUACAGUCCCAACUGUGUACUCAUCGUUGCUUCCCAGCCAGUUGACGUGAUGACGCAUGUAGGCUGGAAGCUAAGUGGGUUUUCUUCGCACCGCGUGAUUGGGACUGGUUGUAACUUGAAUACUCAACGAUUCCAGUCUGUCCUGGGGAAACACUUGAAAGCAUCCGUUGAGAAGGAGGCCUGGAUCAUUGGUGAACAUGGAGAGAAUGAAGUGGCUGUGUGGCAAGGCCCUGAGGUAGGUGGUGGGAAAAUUAGGAGCCCAGAUAUAAUCACGGACCAUGACAGCUGGAAGCAGUUGGCAUACAGGGUUGUCAAAGGGUUAAAGGAGAAAGGUCAGAGGUCGUGGUCGGUUGGUCUGUCCGUAGCUGAUUUAACUGAGACUAUCCUGAGAAAUCUGGGACGUCCACAUUCUGUCUCCACCCUAAUGAGGAACAGGUAUGGAAUCAGUGGUGAAGUAUUCCUCAGUCUACCGUGCAUGCUCACCAUGGCUGGAGUAGAGAAUGUAACCGCACCAGUGCUAUCUCAGGAUGAGGAAGCAAAGCUGCGGAGCAGUGCAGCAACCCUACAAAGCUUACUUGAGCAGCUAAAAAUUUAAGCUGCUGAUUGGAGCAAGUGUAAAUGAUAGAUGGCAAAACUGAGGAACCUGCAUCAACUUCCAGCAUUUAACAUUGCCCUGUUUUUAUCCAGACGGUCUAAAUCCUGUAACUGGCAGCUGCACACCUUUUGAUUUACAUGUAAUCAUGUUCUCUAUAUAACCACUGGUGUCUUCCACCUAGCUCAACAUAAAGAUAUUAGCUUGGCUUUGUAGCAGCACUUCCUGUUCAGGUGCAUGUUAAAUUUAAAAAGGUCUGUUUUCCUGUAGAAGGAAGUUCUCCCAGCAUUCUGUUCAAUAUUAAUCUCUGCAGUGCUAUCACACAACACAGAAUAACUGGUAAAUGCAAACCACUGCUCUUUGGGGGAUCUUCACACCUGCAAUAUGUCCAGACCUGUGCAAUUAGCAAUUAAUACAAUCAUUCACUUCUUUUAUAAUGAAAGUGAAAUGCAAAUGCAUGAAAAUUUCCAACCCUUAAUCGUAUGUGAUGUAGGUCACUGGUUCUCAAAGUGUAGCAGAGUCCUCCAGUUGUUUCUCUACUGUUUCAAAAUACAAGUUAUUGAUAUGGAAUGCCACUUUUAAGGCCAUAGAAGAGAACAGAGCAGAACCAACCAUGUCUCACAUCCCGAACGCCAUAAUGUGAAAACAAUAGAAUAAUUUUAUAACCAAGAUUUGAUGUGAUUUAAUUAUUUUUAAAUAUAAUGUUUGAAAUGUAUUAUCUUGCAAGAUUAUUAUUUACAAAAAGAAAAUAUCUAUA